AUGUUGUCCGCCCACUCAGCGGUCGAUAAACGACCUGGCAAUCCUUCUUCCUCUCAACAACUCUCCGACGCUCUAUCCGAGCUUGCCGCCCGAAAUAUAACUCCGACCACCGCAUUCCCCUCCUUACAGUCACCAUGCUUCUACCACAACCGAUUUGAUGACGCAGUCGAUAUUGAUAAGGUCCUCGAAGAAAUCAAAAACGACGAGUGGAUGUCUCAUUCCAGAUUAGUGCAGACCGCCACUGGCGUUCGUGAGGUGUCGAAGCAGCUGCAGCGCCGACCUAUCCGCCGAGCUGUCCGCAGUGUCAUGAUCGUCACCAAAGCCCGCGAUAAUGAAUUGGUGUAUCUGACUAGAGAACUCACCAUGUGGCUAUUAAGAACUCCCCGAUACGGCUCAGAUAUAGGAGUCAACGUCUACGUUGAUGCGAAACUACGCAACUCAAAGCGUUUCGGUGCCUCUAGCAUUGUAGACGAAGAUCCUCGCUUUGAGUCUAUGCUUCGAUACUGGUCUCCGGACCUUUGCUGGAGUAGCCCGGAGAAGUUUGAUCUUGUUUUGACUCUUGGAGGUGACGGUACUGUACUGUUUACCUCCUGGCUCUUCCAAAGAGUUGUUCCUCCCGUCUUGUCGUUCAGUCUGGGGAGUCUCGGCUUCUUAACAAGCUUUGAAUUUGAGAAGUAUAAGCAGCAUCUCAACAAAGUUAUGGGUGACGAUGGUAUGCGUGUCAACCUUCGUAUGCGAUUCACGUGUACUGUCUUCCGUAAUGGUACCUCGGGGGGUCCGGAUAUGGAAGAGGGUGAGCAGUUUGAAGUUCUUAACGAGCUUGUCAUCGACCGCGGCCCAUCCCCUUACGUCUCCAACCUUGAGCUAUACGGUGACAACGAACUCUUAACCGUUGUCCAGGCGGAUGGGUGCAUCUUCUCCACGCCAACCGGAUCGACUGCAUACUCCCUUUCCGCGGGUGGCUCUCUGGUCAGCCCUGACCUUCCUGCCAUUCUUCUUACUCCUAUUUGCCCGCACACAUUAUCUUUCCGACCGAUGGUGCUUAGUGACACGAUGCUACUUCGUGUUUCUAUCCCGCGGAAUUCCCGCGCUACGGCGUACUGUGCGUUUGAUGGAAAAGGCAGGGUAGAAUUAAAGCAGGGCGACUGUGUGACGAUCACGGCUUCUCAGUACCCCUUCCCCACCGUGAUGCGUACCGGAACGGAAUGGUUUGAUAGCGUUUCUCGCACGCUUCAAUGGAACACGCGAGCUGCCACCCAGAAAGGCUUCGAGAGCAAAAUUGGCGGCUCCGUCAAUGAAGACGACGAGCCGGAAUGGGAUAUCGAUACCGACUCUGCAUACUAUGCAAGUGAGGAUGGUAGCACCAGCGCGAGUCCUUUACGACGACAGAUGAGCCUUCUGGGCAUGUAG